AUGUCGAAGAAAGAAGAUAUAGCCCAAAAAACUGCGAGUGUGCCUCUGGAUGACGACGAGCCUGACGAGUGGGACAAGAGAAUCUUCAGUACGGGUUGCGCGGACGAAAAUGCCAAUCUGACCGAGUGCUACUGGGUUAAGAAGGACUGGCGUGCUUGUAAGCGGGAGGUAAGUUGCAACGGCGGGCCAAUCGACUGGACGAACUCGUACCACGGAUUAGGCACAAUCGCCUUCUCAGCCGAGACGUCGGCGAUCCUGCAAGCACGACUCGACCCCGACGACAUCGAGGUGAAGCCCGACGGCAUCAUCUACCUGCCCGAGAUCAAGUACCGACGGAUCCUGAACACGGCCUUCGGCCCAGGCGGCUGGGGUCUCGCUCCGCGCGGGGAAUUAAUAGUUCAGGACCGGCUAGUAACGAGGGAAUACGCGCUCGUGGCGAACGGGAGAUUCGUAGGCCAAGCGCGCGGCGAGCAGCAAUACUUCAGCGAAGACGGGGUGUCGACGGCGGCCGAGGGCUGCAAGUCGAACGCGCUGAUGCGGUGCUGCAAGGACCUGGGCAUCGCCUCGGAGCUAUGGGACCCGCGGUUCAUCCGCAAGUUCAUGAAGGAGCACGCCGUGCAGCAGUGGGUCGAGCACGUCACCACCAAGAAGAAGAAGCAGAUCUGGCUGCGCAAGGACGACGAGGUGCGCUACCCGUUCAAGAAGUCGUAG